CCCCGAUGACUCCUGCGCAUGCGCAGUGCUCCCCUCCGCAGUGUUGACGCAGCUAGCCACAGCAGCUAUGUUCACAUCUCAGACUUCAUCUUUUCAGGAGUCUCUCGACGUAGAAGAUAAAGAUGCAGAUUUCGACAGCGAAGACCUGGCAGCAUACGGACAGAAAACCCAACAGACGAGCUGUUAUUAUGCUGUAUAUUAUUCCCAAAGAGGUGAAUCAUCUGAGGAGAGUGAAUCAUGGAGUCAGAAGAGAGCCGACUCCACUACGAGUCAGGAGGACUUUAGUCUAACUCUACUGGACAGCAGCCUGCCAUCGGAGGCGGAGCCUGAGCUGCGAAGCUACAUCUCACGCAGGCUUAGUAAAGGAGCCCUUCUAGGUGGCAUGGGCAAUAUCGCUACGGUGGAGCUGAGCCUUCCUGAGCAGGCCGUGGGGUGUUACUGCUGCUUCCUGGAGCAGGAGAAAUCUCCAGAACAGCCCGAGGCGAACGGUAACGGCUGGGUGGUGUGUCUCCUCGGAGGCUCAGAGAAAGGCCUCAACUUGUUCAGAAUCGAGCUGGAUAAAUACAUGCAGGGUCUCCAGAGCAGCCUGACGCCAGAAAUGCAGAAUCUGGAGUCGGAGGUCCGACCCUAUCUGAGCCGCUGGUACGAGGAGUCCGUCAUGCACGUCCACCGAGUGGUGCAGCUGGUGCAAGGCAACAUCGCCGCUUUGCUUCAUGCUGCUUUGAGUCACACUAACGUGGAGGUGAUCGGAGCUGACGAGAGGACAAAAACAGACGUGGCGAGGUUUAUUAAAGCGGCGAGUCUUCAGGGUCUCGUGCAGGAGGAACCAAACUCCACCUCGCUGUGUAAAGCCAUUUCUGAGGCCUCAAACUCGACCCUGCUGAUCGACUGCUCCAGCGGGGAGACGACCUUCACCAACGCAGUCACUAACCGGUUCUGUGACGAGUGGAUCCAGGCGUUUGUGAACGCAGCUGAGCGUUUUAACCCGUUCAUCCUGCGCCAGAUCCUGGAGAACUUCAAGCUGAAGGCCAUCCAGGACAUGAACAACCUGAAGCGUUUUAUCCGUCAGGCAGAAAUGAGCCACUACGCUCUGUUCCGCUGCUGUCUGUUCCUUCAGAGCUGCGGAAACGGAGACGUCCUCCUGCAGAACGCUCGAGCCGAACACAGCGGCUUUCCUGAAGCCUGCAGCAUCAUCCGUGUGCUGGAGGAGUUCCUCAGUGAGCAGGCUGUGAUCCCCGAGCAGUAACGCUGAUGAUUUACUACUGAGAACCACAUCAGUGUCCAACAUCUGUGUACAUUCCACUUUCCUCUCAGUCUGUGAUCAGGAGCUCGAUUGGGAGCUGCUCUGGGCUCAGGCUCAUGGUGCAGUGAUGCUACUUGGCCUGCAGGGGGCAGAACGGACAUGAGAUGAAAUCCACACGGUUUGUGUUGCUGACUGUGAAGUUUUCUGUGUUGUGAAUCCAAUCAAAGGGAUGUUACUUAAAAAAAGCAUAGGUAUUGUUCGGUUUUCACACAACUGACAUCUAAUCACACCAAUGUCUAAUCACACACACACACAUCUAAUCACACAACUGACAUCUAAUCACACAACUGACAUCUAAGCACACAACUGACAUCUAAUCACACACACAUCUAAUCACACACACAUCUAAGCACACAACUGACAUCUAAUCACACACACACAUCUAAUCACACAACUGACAUCUAAUCACACACACAUCUAAUCACACAACUGACAUCUAAUCACACGACUGACAUCUAAUCACACACACAUCUAAUCACACACACAUCUAAGCACACAACUGACAUCUAAUCACACACACAUCUAAUCACACACACAUCUAAUCACACGACUGACAUCUAAUCACACGACUGACAUCUAAUCACACACACAUCUAAGCACACAACUGACAUCUAAUCACACACACAUCUAAUCACACACACAUCUAAUCACACAACUGACAUCUAAUCACACGACUGACAUCUAAUCACACACACAUCUAAGCACACAACUGACAUCUAAUCACACACACAUCUAAUCACACACACAUCUAAGCACACAACUGACAUCUAAUCACACACACAUCUAAUCACACAACUGACAUCUAAUCACACACACAUCUAAUCACACAACUGACAUCUAAUCACACCAAUGUCUAAUCACACCCCAACAUCUAAUCACACAACCGACAUCUAAUCACACGACUGACAUCUAAUCAGACCAACAUCUAAUCACAUCAACAUCUAAUCACACAACUGACAUCUAAGCACACAACUGACAUCUAAUCACACACACAUCUAAGCACACAACUGACAUCUAAUCACACACACAUCUAAUCACACAACUGACAUCUAAUCACACCAAUGUCUAAUCACACCAACAUCUAAUCACACCCCAACAUCUAAUCACACAACCGACAUCUAAUCACACGACUGACAUCUAAUCAGACCAACAUCUAAUCACAUCAACAUCUAAUCACACAACUGACAUCUAAGCACACAACUGACAUCUAAUCACACACACAUCUAAGCACACAAC